AACGCCGUUAAACAUUAAGCGGAGCCGGUUGCGUCAUGACGCAGAGUGACGUGUGUGCGUGCAUUUAAAUAAUCCUUAUAGAAGGCGGCGCGAGACACUCACUCGGAACAGAACCGACCCGCACGAACCCGCAGCAGUCAUGAACAGCGUGAAGAGUCUGGUGAGCCGCGUGACGCCCGCUCUGAGCCGUGCAGUGCAUUCUGGGAUGUGUGCGUGGUCCUCGGCGGCGUCCAGAGCUCCAGCGGUGGAGAGAGCGCUGACGUCUGAGGAGGUUUACGCUCGCGAGGAUCGAUACGGAGCUCAUAACUAUCACCCUCUGCCCGUGGCUCUGGAGCGAGGAGAAGGGGUUCACGUGUGGGACGUGGAGGGCCGCAGGUACUUUGACUUCCUGAGUGCGUACAGCGCUGUGAAUCAGGGUCACUGUCACCCUCGGAUCAUCUCUGCUCUGACGGAGCAGGCGUCGAGGCUCACGCUCACCUCCAGAGCUUUCUACAACGACGUGCUGGGCUCCUACGAGCAGUACAUCACCGGCCUGUUCGGGUACGACAAGGUGCUGCCCAUGAACACAGGUGUGGAGGGAGGAGAGACGGCCUGUAAACUCGCCCGAAAGUGGGCGUACGCGGUCAAGGGCGUCCCCAAGUACGAGGCCAAGAUCGUGUUCGCAGCGGGGAACUUCUGGGGCCGGACGAUGGCGGCCAUCUCCAGCUCGACUGACCCCAGCAGCUACGAGGGCUUCGGUCCGUUCAUGCCCGGCUUCGAGCUCGUCCCGUACAACGAUAUCUCCGCUCUAGAGAAAGCACUGCAGGAUCCAAACGUGGCAGCGUUUAUGGUGGAGCCCAUUCAGGGUGAAGCAGGUGUAGUUGUUCCUGAUCCUGGCUACCUCACGAAAGUCCGGGAGCUUUGUACCAAACACAAUGUUCUGUUCAUUGCUGAUGAGGUUCAGACCGGUCUGGCCCGUACUGGGCGGCGUCUGGCUGUGGAUCACGAGGCGGUGAGGCCGGAUCUGGUGAUUCUGGGUAAAGCUCUGUCUGGAGGAGUGUAUCCCGUCUCUGCUGUUCUGUGUGAUGAUGAGGUGAUGCUGACCAUCAAACCUGGAGAACACGGAUCCACGUACGGAGGAAACCCUCUGGCCUGCCGUGUCGCCAUCGCCGCUCUGGAGGUUCUGGAGGAGGAGAACCUGGCUCAGAAUGCGGCUCUGAUGGGUCAGAUUCUGCGCUCGGAGCUCAGUAAGCUUCCUCUGGAGAUCGUGAGCGGUGUUCGAGGGAAAGGCCUCCUGAACGCCAUCAUCAUCAAAGAGACCAAAGACUAUGACGCCUGGAGGGUGUGUCUGCGUCUCCGUGACAACGGUCUGCUGGCCAAGCCCACUCACGGUGACAUCAUCAGGCUAGCCCCGCCCCUCGUUAUAAAGGAGGAUGAGGUCAGAGAGUGCGUGGACAUCAUCAGCAGGACCAUCCUGUCCUUCUAAACCCCUGGAAUCACCUUCAUCCCCCUCUUCAUCAUCAUCAUCAUCAUCUGAGUGAUUUCUCCUGUAAUUCUUCUGAUUUUUAACCUGCUUUGUUUUAUGGUGUGUUUUUCCUGAGCUGUUACAGUCGUUCGGGUCGAUCUAGAACCUGCUCACCGGGACUUGUUUAGUGUUUGGUUCUCAACUGAACUUGAGAUCCUUCAGGAGUAGUUUCUGUCUGGAUGAUGGUGUCCUUAAGUCCUGCUGAAGCUUCAAGAGACGUUUCUGAAGGCGAACGCUGUGCCGUUUACAGCUUCUUUCCUCCAGAGGAAGGUGAAUGAAGGUCACUGUCACAGCGCUUGAAAUCUUCAGUUCCUCGUUUCCCCCUGGAUGCUUGAGCACAAGGAGGUUUUCUCCCUGAUGAGAGAAUAGUGCACUUUAACUGUAAGACGUGAUCAAACUGAAUCAUCCUCAUUCUGCUGCGUUUAUUAGCAAACCGUUUGAAGAAUACUAGUUUGUUUCCUGUAGAACGUUUAAUGAACGUUUAAUGAAUGAACUUCAGAUGAAGUUUUAUUUCUGUUCUCAAAUAAAGUCAGCCUGCUGAAAGACUUCUAAA